UUUCCUCAUGAGCCACUUUGAUGAGGACACCCGCCAUCUCGUCAAAGUGCAUGUCGUACACGGGUUCUGGAAGCGGGAAGAUUCCAAUCGUAUCUAUCUUGAGGAAGCGGCAAAGCAGUAUAAGAAUGUCCGGAUGCACAUUGCCAAUAUGCCCGAGAUGUUUGGUACUCAUCACUCCAAAAUGAUGAUCCUUUUCCGCCACGACGAUACUGCGCAGGUCAUCAUACACACGGCCAACAUGAUCCCCAAGGACUGGACGAACAUGACGAACGCUGUCUGGAAAUCUCCGUUGCUUCCCAAGCUGUCACAAUCACCAGACCAAGCCCCCCGUGAAAGUCUUCGGAAUGACAAAGACGCCGAGGGUGCUGCUCACUCGUCGGAGGCGGGCGAGAGAUUCAAACUCGACUUGCUAGCGUACCUCCAUGCUUACGACGCUCGUAGGGUCGGUCUGGGUCCUCUGACUGACGAACUUGCCAAGUACGACUUUUCAAGUGUUCGGGCGGCCCUCAUUGCCAGCGUACCAGGCCGACACAACAUCCAAGAUUCGUCGAGGACGGCUUGGGGUUGGCCGGCUCUGGGGCGCGUCUUGAAGGACGUCCCAGUCCAGGAAGGCAGAUCUGAAGUGGUCGUCCAGAUAUCGUCCAUUGCUACUCUGGGAGCCAAAGAUCAUUGGCUCCAAAAUUGUUUGUUUGAUUCCCUAGCAUCCUCAAAGAACCAAAGAACCGCCCGCAAACCAACGUUCAGGGUUGUCUUUCCUACUGCAGACGAGGUGCGGAGGAGUCUCGAUGGGUAUGCCUCCGGGGCGUCCAUUCACACAAAGGUCAAGUCGGCACAACAGGCAAAACAGCUCGAGUACCUACGACCGAUUUUCUGUCACUGGGCAAAUGACACUCUAGGAGGGAAAAGCCUUCCCAAAGACGCUGUUGUGCGGGAUGCCGGCCGCCAGCGGGCUGCCCCUCACAUCAAGACGUAUAUCCGGUACGGCGAGGAGACCAUUGACUGGGCGCUUCUCACGUCCGCCAACAUAUCCAAACAGGCGUGGGGCGAGGCAGCUAAUGCGUCGAGGGAAGUGAGAAUCGCCUCCUGGGAAGUGGGCGUACUUGUCUGGCCGUCGCUCCUGGCCGGUGAUGAACAAGCUAAAAUGGUUGGCACAUUCAAGACCGACAUGCCGACCGACGAUGUCACGCCACCGACAAAUGGAAAGCCGGUUGUGGGCCUCCGAAUACCAUACAACCUACCAUUGCAACCCUACAACAGAGACGAAGAACCAUGGGUCGCAGAGAAAUCUUACAGCGAACCGGAUUGGAAAGGGCUUGCUUGGAACAUUGAACAGUAGCCUAUCCAAGAACAGAGCGCUAGGGAAAGCACGGCAUAGGUGUUGGCUGAAACGCUUAAUAUGCUUGAUGGGCGGCGGUGUUGCGGAAAAGCAAGCAGCCAUGA